AUGAACAUGGAUGUCCCCGUCGUCGCCAAGGUUAAGCUUGACGUGCCCAGCUUGGGUGAGAUCACCGGUGUUUGUUUCUACGACCAAACAUGCCAAUACUACGGCAUUCCCUACGCGACGGUGCCAGGGCGAUUCCGACGGCCCCAACCAAGCCCAAAGCCGUGGCCGAACAAUCGAUGGGACGGUACUAAACUGGGAGCAAUGUGCCCUCAGCCGCCACGAGAUUUCAUGUAUAUCCCGAACCCGGAGCGACCGUGGGUGGAACCGGCGCCGGUAUCGAGCACCGAGUGUCUCAACAUCAACGUCUCCGUACCAACUCCGCCGAGCGUGUCGUCCGGUAAGCCAAUCUAUCCGGUCAUGGUCUUCGUGCAUGGUGGAGCCUUUGUGUACGGCGCGGGAUCGGCUCCGAUCUACGACGGACGUCGACUGGCGGAGAUCUCGGGCAAUCUUAACAUCCCGACCAUCAUCGUCACCAUCACAUAUCGCGUUGGGGUGUACGGCUUUCUGGCCAGCAAGGAGAUCAAAGAAUACAACGCCGAAUUCAACGAGGGCGGAGUCGGAAACUACGGACUGUGGGACCAGAUUGAAGCGCUGCGCUGGGUUCAAGAACACAUCUCUGCCUUUGGGGGUGAUCCCGCGAGGGUCACCUUUUUCGGCCAGAGUGCCGGCGGGGUCUCCGCGAACGUGCACAUGCUGCGUGGCGAGAAGCUCUUCACUUCGGCGAUCGUACAGUCCGGUCUCCUGCCGGUUUGUGGCGUGCUCUCCGAGAGCCAGUACCAAGUGAUCUACAACAAGAUCCUCACGGUGCUCGGGAUUCCCGAAGACCUUUCCCCGCGCGAUCGACUCCGGCGACUUCUCGAGGUGGAUGAGACCGCGUUGACGGCGGCGCUGGUACCCGUCGGGGUCAUCCCCGUGCUGACCUUGUCACCCUGUGAUGACCACUACCUCAUCCCCGGCAAGAUGCCCUCCUAUUCUAGUUACGCGGACUUCAAGCCGCCGAGCUGGUGCGAGCGCGUCAUGAUUGGCGAUGUCGGCCAUGAGACCCUCAUCUGGAACAAGUCGUUCCGGGGCUACGACGCCGCGGGCCUUGUUAAACUGACCAAGUCGUUCGUCGGAGACGAGGAGAAGGCCCAGAAACUUCUCGACCUCUACCAUAUCCACGCGGGCAUGGACCGGAAUGAGACGUUCUACCGCGCCCAGAAAUUCACCACCGACGGCCUCUUCCUCGCCGUGCACUGGGCGGCCUUGAAGGCAAAUCCGGGCAUGUAUGCGUACCGCUUUGACGUUCCCUCGCCGUUUGACUGCGACUUCAAGGAUCAGCCUCACCAUUCUCUUGACAACGUUUUCAUCUGGGGUCUCCUGAAGGACGUCCUCCCGGAGAAGCAGCAGCGAAUCUCGGAGAAAAUGUCCGAGGCGUGGUUGAGGUUUGCUAACGGCCAGGAACCGUGGGAGCGGUUCGACGUCUCCCGUUCGUUCAUGGUGUUCGGACCCGAGUCGUGCGGGAUGAGAACGGUCGAGGAAGACGCAGCCCGAGGGUAUGCGAUCUGGGACGAAAUUGACCGUCUCGGGCUCAUGCAGAAGUUUGGCGAACUCUGUGACGAGCUGUGCAUGCGCCACGCCGAAAUGUGUGAUCCGACCAUCGCCCCAAAGGCACUGGAGGUAGGCACGUUCGAGGAGCUGGGGAUCAGUACAGGGAAUCAACCUGGCGGGCUGAAUCUGGGCUUCUUCAGGCAGAAUGGGACGAAGUAG